AGGAGACUACGUCUCUCUCUCUCUCUCUCUCUCCAUUGAUAACCCAAGCAAUCCCUCCCUCUCUCUCUCGCUCUCUAUCUCUCUCUCUGCAAAAAGUGGAAGAAAAAGGCUCUCUUUUUCAUUCCCAUCACAGCCAAGAUCUCAAGAGAAAACCCUAUACCCGUCUCUCUGUCUCUCUUUCUCUUGUUCAUGAUGUCCGGUGAAAGUAGAGAUCUGUACCACAACCACCACAAUUACCCUUUCCACCAUGGGCGCAGCAGCAGCAGCAGCAGUACUGCUGCUCUUCCCUUCUUCCCGCAGGAAAAUCACUCAAUCUACAACUUCCACGGCGGCGGAUUCGAGGAUCCAUCCUCCUACGUCAGCUUCACGGACAGUCUAUAUGGCUCUAUCCAUCACUACAACUCCCUUUCAACCGCUUUCGACAUGUCUUGCUCUUCAUCCGAAGCCAUCUCUCCCUGUGUCGCUGCAGAUCACUCCGCCGAAAACCCAUUGACGCCCCUUUCCUCACUCUCUUCCUCCUCCACCGAACGAGCUGGAGCUGCUGCUGCUGCUGCUGAUCAUGAAGAUUCCCCCAAGAUCAUCCCUGGAAAGGAUAAGCAGCAGCGACGUCAAGGCUGUGGUGGUGGAGAUGGAGAUGAUGAUGAUAACGACGACAAGCUCAAAAAAGAGAACACGGCAAAAAAGAAAAGAGAGAAAAAGCAAAGGCAGCAGCGAUACGCCUUCAUGACAAAGAGUGAGAUCGAUAAUCUUGAAGAUGGAUACAGAUGGAGGAAGUAUGGACAGAAAGCAGUCAAGAACAGCCCCUUCCCAAGGAGUUAUUAUAGAUGCACCAGCCAGAAGUGCACAGUGAAGAAGCGAAUCGAGAGAUCAUUCCAAGACCCAACAAUUGUGAUCACAACAUACGAAGGCCAGCACAACCAUCACAGCCCGGCGACGCUCCGCGGCAACGCCGCCAGAAUCUUCUCAUCGUCGUCUUCCCACCUCUUCCCCCCGUCACAGCAAGCCGGCCCCAGCUUCCCUCAAGAGCUGCUUGCUCAGAUGCUUCCAGUUUCCAUCGACCACCACCAAGCUCCACCGACCUCCGGCUACUUGGAUCAUCAUCAGCUGCAGCUGCAGCUGCAGCCCCACCCGCACCCGCACCCGCACCCGCACCCGUCGGAUCACUACUAUGGCUUCUUGCAGGACGCAAUGGCGCCUUCUCCAUUCAUCCACAAACAGGACCACCCAUGAAAGUGAUCGAGAUGACCUAUAUGUUCUGAGGUUUAAAUGAUUGCAUAUAUAUGGAGCUGAUCAUCUGAAUUGUUGGGCUGAUGCGUCCUCUUCAUCUUCUCAGAAAAGGGGGAAUGAUUGUUUCCUUUUGGGGCAAGGAAUUGAUGGCACUGUGGGAAAUGAAUUAGAUUUAGAUCAAUGGGAGAGAUCGAUGGGCAUAUAUGCGACAACACCAAUGCUAGCUAGGGCUACACUCUGCAGAGGUAUGCAAUAUUUAAUUAAUUGUAUUAUGUAACUAAUCCGACCAUGUAAUAUUGUCAUAUCUCAUAUGUCAUACUGUCGAUACUUUUUAUAUACUGCAACUUAUAUAAUUAAGAGAAGAUUAGUGACUCAA